AAGCACCUGUGUGUGACGUGCACCACAUGACUGUGACGUCAUCGAUUGCUCAACUUCAGUUCAAGUGUUUUACGGGCAUGAAAACUCCUGCGAGCUGAGAAAAUGGGGUGUUGUUUUUCCUCUCCCGACCGAGACGAUGAGAGAGAACCUCUGAUUCAGUCCAACAAUAAAACACCAACCGAGUCUGCAAGACCACCACGACCAGCUAACACAGAUGUGGAUCAGAGGAGUGGCAGGUUUACGGCUCGUCGUGUUGGUGUUUCUGGUCUCGAUGAGAGAUUCGCUGAUGUUGCAGAAACGUUCAACAGACAGCAGGAACACUAUGAAUCGAUGAAGAACAAGCUUCAGACCCUUGCAAGCCGCUAUCACUGUCCAGUAAACGACAGUCUGUCUGAAUGCCUGAGGAGAAUCAAGGAGAAACAUGAGCUGUGCCACAUCAGUCUGGAGGUUAAAGGAUAUGACUUCAGUCUGAUGGUGAGAUCAGACGCCGAGAUCCCCAGCGAACUGAAGCGGACGCAAGAAAACGUCACCGAACUGAGCCGAGCCACCAAAUCCGUCAUCUCCAUUAGCACCAAACUCCACGAAAUGAUCGACUCGCUUCUGAGAGCCGAGACCAGCAUGAUCAGUCAGAUCGAAGCUGCUGAAUCCAGACACCAGGAGCAAAAGAGGCUGGUGGACAACCUGCAGGAAAACCUCAAAGAGGCUCGGAGAGCCAAAGAACUGAGUCCGAAGUACAGGAAAGAGGCUGGGAAUCUCCUCAAUGAGGCUGCACAGCUCUCUGGAAUCACACCCUGAACUGACUUUGUCUCUUAGUGUGAGCCAAUAGCAAAUAUGAAGGAUUUAAUAUAAUGUUAAAUCAUGAACAGAAGACUUUAUUUCAUUCCAAAAUUUGGAAAUGUAGCUGCAAAUAUACAUUAGAUGAACGCUAUAGCAAUACAAAUAUGCAAUAACCAUUAAAAUAAUAUUAGAAUUGUAUUAUAAAAUACAUUACGUGUCUGUUAAGUACAUAAAACCUGACCCUAUAGUGCAAGUAAUAAAAUGUCUAGGCUGAUGAAGGACUAUGAUCUGUUUUCAGUAUUUAAACAUUAUUAAAGAUCGAUAUCAUUGUCUAGUAUAAUCUGAUCUGAUGUAAAAUAUAAACUGACUUUUUUUUAACUCAUGUUAGUGUCUUGAUGAUAAUAAAACACCUGUUUGAGAACGAA